UUGAGUGGGUGGUUCCUGUGGCGAGGUGGCUCCCCGCCCUUAGCUAAGCUGGAACGCAGAGCGAGCGCUGAGUUGGAGAAACGAGUGUAGUGUUGAGUGGAGUAGCCGGCCAACGGAGAUGGGCUCAUGCUAGCGGCUUGAUUCGGAGCGGGUUUCCUCUCGCCAUGUAGCGCAGGCUACGGGCGCUCUCCUCUUGCCUCGUCUGGUGGAUCCAUUCCAAAGCAGCCCGGCGGGGACCAUGCGGAGAGCCCCGGCGCCCGGGCUGCUGCUCCCGCCGCCGUCACCGCUACUGUUGUUGCUAGGGCUUCUGGUACUGGACAGGGGCUGCACGGCGCAGUACUCCAGCGAUCUCUGCAGCUGGAAGGGGAGCUUGGGGCAAACGAGCCUUGCAUAUCCUGGGGCAAUCAGUGGAUUAACACACGAAUCUCAUAAAAAAGACGUUGAACAGAUCUACCUCCGCUGUUCAGAAGGAUCCAUAGAAUGGAUGUAUCCCACUGGAGCGCUGAUAGUCAAUCUGCGACCCAAUAUUUUAUCUUCCUCUUCCAAACAUUGGACGGUUUGCAUAAAACCCUUCAAGGACUCUGCAGGAGCAAAUAUUUAUUUGGAAAAAACUGGAGAAUUGAAACUGCUGGUCCAAGAUGGAGACCACAGUCCCACCAGAGUGCAUUGCUUCAGCUUUGAUCAGGGCGGACUCUUUGUCGAAGCUACCCCUCAGCAGGACAUUAGUCGGAAGAUUACUGGCUUCCAGUAUGAACUAAUAAGCAAGGGGGCAGCAUCUGAUUUGCACAUGGUUUCUGCUCCCUGCCGACCUUGUAGUGACACGGAAGUGCUCUUGGCUGUCUGCACGAGUGACUUUGUUGUUAGAGGUACCAUCCAAAAUGUAAUCAAUGAGGAGGAACAGCAAGAUUCUGUCAUUGAUGUGAGCGGGAGUAGAAUCUACAAGCAGAAGACGAAGAUAUUCAAGCCAGCAGAAGAAAGUGGUUGGUGGAAAGGACAGAUCAAGACCCUCUUGCAAUGUGGGGUGAGACCAGGAGAAGGAGACUUCCUCUUCACAGGCCGCAUGCACUUUGGGGAGGCCAGAUUAGGCUGUGCCCCUCGUUUCAAAGACUUUCAAAGGAUGUACAAAGAGGCCAAGGACAAAGGGCUAAAUCCUUGUGAAAUUGGCCCAGACUGAGAUGGCAUUCUUCACCUGUAGGUCACUCUUGAGGCUUGGCCGGAACUAAUCCUUAGUUGCUGCAGAUGCGCUGAUGUAAAUGGAACUAAUAACUGAGAUUGGAACAAUCUGAUGUUAAGAAUGAUAUUCUUUUUGGAGAUCGUGAAGAAGAGACUGUAUGUGCGUCUUUCAGGGAGGGUUUAAGUCUGGAGACUCCUGCUUCCGCAGGAGCCGUGACAUGACAACCCUUGAGGUACCUUCCUAUUCUGUGAUCUUAUGAAUAUGAGAACCAUACAAGCCAAUCCUUGUGGCCAGUGGCACUGUUACUCUAAAUGGAAGUGACUGAGGUACGAGCUUUCAGAAUUCCAAGUCUGGAAUGCAAUCCCACAACUUUUCUAUUUGAACUAAAUUAUUUUUUCAACUUCCUUGGGGGGGUGGGGGGGAACAGUGAGAGAUGCAACAAAACCAUCAUGUCUUAAAAAUAUCAGUCAUCCGAUGAACCUUUGUAUCUUUGUAAUACUAAUGUUUUAAAAUGUGUAAAGCAGAUGUAGCAUUUUGCAUGGUAUAAAUGGACAACAGCAUGAUAGAAACCGGUGAAAGCUUUUUAACAUUGAUGCUUUGUAAAAAGCUUGGUGUACAAUUUGGAAUUGUUUCUUAUGACAGAAAUUUAUGGAACCAAACUCUUGCUUUCCUUUUUUUUUUUUUUUUAAAUUUAAGAUAAUGUACAAUAGCCACCUGCAAUUUUUGUUCAGGCUGGUGAAUUGUUUGCAUUCCAGAGAAAUAAAAAGCUCCUGGAUUUGG